CUACGGCUCCCCGUGUGCCCGCAUAAAUCACUUGCGGCCACGCGCGCGGUGCGCACGGAAGCCGCCAUGCCAUACGGAGGCGGCGAGGGCUGCCUCACGGCGCGCGGCCUGCGGAACGUUGCGAUUGCCUCAGCCCCAUCUGUGAUUAUCAUCCUCACGCGGUUCCUGCCCGUCGACUGGCUGUGGCGCGCGGUGCACGCGACACACAAAGCGCGGACGGGCCGCCUGGGCAGACUGUCCAUGGUAAUCUUGGUCCUCGCGGCCGUCGCGCGGUUCGCAAAACUUGCGGCGUGGCUCUCCGUUGUCUACGUCCCGGUGGCCUACGGCCUCGAUCGGGCACUGGCGUGGCUGCGCGUGCCGAAGCGUAGAGCUUGGGCCCUCCCGGUGUGGCUCCACGCGCUCGCCCUCGACGUGACCUUCCCGUCGCGGAACUUGAGACGAGCGUGCUGGGCGCUUGUGAUAGCGCUGGGCCUGCGCCUGAAGUUCCCAGCGCAAAGACCGGCUUCAAAGUCGUGGGACGGCCGCCGCUUCCACGCCGUCGUGGAAAGGUGCCACGACGGGGACACGUGCCGAGUGGCGCUGCCCGGUCUGCCCGACGUCUUCGCGACGAUGGGCGUGCGCCUCCGGGGCAUCGACGCCGCGGAACUGCGAGGUGCUCAAUGUCCCCUGGAGAAGUGCCUGGCCUUGGAUGCUCGUGAUAAGCUUGUAUCGAUGGUAGUAGGCAGGAACACGACCCUCGACAAUUGCGCGCCGGACAAGUACUUCCGGCUCCUCUGCGACGUGUCUGUCGACGGGGAGGAUGUUGGUGGGAAAUUGCUCCGGGGCGGCUACGCGGUGCCCUACAAUGGGCGGGGGGCGAAGCACGAUUGGUGCGACGCGCGCGGCGAGCGGGCGCGGCGGUGCGAGGCGGCGCUCGGGGUCCGGUAA